GUGCGGCCACCCGGCUACCUGCGGUUCUCAGCACAGCGUCCCAAACAUGUCUGCGUUCCCAGACGCCCAAUAUGGCACCACCGCUUCACAGUCUCCACCGAAGCAGCAGAACAACGCGCCCGCGGUUCAUCAGCGCACUUAUCAGGCCUGUAUACCAUGUCGCCAACGCAAGGUCCGGUGCGACCUAGGAUCCGUCGACAACCCACACGACCCGCCGUGCACGAGAUGUCGUCGCGAAGCCAAGGACUGCUACUUCUCGGCCACGCGCCGCAAGAAGAAGGGCCAGAGCGAGAGCAAUGAUUCCGAGGCGGGCGACGACAAUACAUACGAGAUUCGACAAAAUCGCAAGCGCGCACGAACCUCUGUGCCAGCAGAUACUGCAAAUGAUGAGGCCGAGUACGACGAGCCCCCGCGCACGCCUGGCGGAUCUAUCGGCCGCACCGCUCCUCUGCGCAGGCCCGCGCCCCCAAAGCCAGUGGAGUAUGGAGAGGAGGACGUCAAGGCAGCACAACACACCGCACGCAUAUUGCAGCAGGCAGAAGUUCACGGCGGUCACGAUGCGCUCAAAGUCUUAUACCAAGCGGCUGUACACGGCAGAAGCGACAGUACGGCCAGCAGUGGUGUUCGCCCCGCCUUUGGUCCAGGUAUCACGACAGGUAACCUGCCACCAGUAGCCAGUCCGGAUGGACUCACGCGGACAGAUAGCUACACCAGCUAUAACAAUGGAGCCCUCGGGGUCUUGACUAGCAGAGAUGGAACAUGGAAGACCACCACAGAUCAGCCGCCUACAUCGAGCAACGGUAUUCUCAACGGCACGACCCAUGACCGCGACGUCCUUUCAGGAGCCAUGAAGGCCUGGCAGCGAUUCCGUUUCGUGCGCGCUGGGUGGUUCACUGCCAAAGAAGGCAUCGACUACAUUCUCUACUUCUACAAGCAUCUGUCGCCUCUCACUCCAGUGGCACUCCCCGAUUUCCAGCACCCAAGCACGCACAGAACUCUGCUCGAAGAAGAGCCGAUGCUUGCUGUCACGAUGCUUCUGAUAGCUUCACGACACAUGAAGCUUGAAGGACCUGGCUCCCACAGCCGACCGAACGCCAUUCACCACAAACUAUGGCAGUAUCUUUCGGGGAUGAUCGAUCGCGUUGUAUGGGGUCAGGAACAAUUUGGCGGAGGAUUCUGCGGCGCUGGAGGGCCAGGUGCUCAGCCGGGGGCUGAUGUGAACCCGCUGACGCGCAGAGGACUGAGAACGCUCGGCUCGGUGGAGUCGCUUGUGCUGUUGACCGAGUGGCAUCCUCGUGCCAUGCACUUCCCACCAGAUGAGGACGACGAUGACCUUAUGAUUCCAGAUGAGGCCUGGGUGCCGCAGAUGAACGUUGAAGAUGGUGUUCCUCGAGGCAUCGGAGGUCACCGAAUGGAUGCUUGGCUUGAGCCGUGCUGGCGCAGUGACCGCAUGUGCUGGAUGCUGCUCGGGAUGGCAAUGUCGCUUGCAAUGGAGAUUGGUGUUUUCGACUCGAGCGAGUGGCAGCGGCAUGCAUUUGGACCCAGCGGCCAGCCACUUUCUGCAGCCCAACUUUCCGAAUACGACAAGCGGCGCGGCAAUGUUCGCAAUUUACUGCUGGUUUAUGUGACCCAGACUAGUGGCCGGCUCGGGCUGACCUCCAUGCUUCCAGGUUAUUACAGCAAGCCAGAGGACAGUGAUCUCUUUCGGAGACAGCUCGGCCAACAGGACAGCGUGCACGAAACGACGUUCCAUUUUUGGUUAAGAAUGGCUGCGCUCAUGCGCGAAGGGAACAACAAAAUCUUCGCCAACAAGACUUUCACGCGAGACUUGAUUCGCAACGGCAACUACAAGGCGGCUCUUGAUCAAUUCGCAGGACCAAUGAACGAGUGGAGGGCAGAAUUCGACGGAGCACGUUCCAUCCCAAAACACAUGCGAGCCAUUCUCGAAAUCGAGUACGAGUACUGCAGAUGUUAUCUGAAUGCAUUGUCGCUCCAAGCGGUGGCGGAGCGGUGCGCCAACGACCAUCCUUCCCCUGCUCAGGUCCUUGACCCUCCAUUGGAGAUGGCUAGGUCAGCCAUUGAGGCCAACGGCAACAAGUCUGACAUCGCAAUUGCGCCUACAACACUUUCGAAAUGGCUAGGAGGCGAUCGCCAAUACAUGCUCAAUGUUGGCGACGCAGCACGGAAAUUGCUCAAGGUUGUGGUCGACGACCUCUACCCGGACGGCGCUCUGCGACAUGCUCCUGUCCGUACCUACUUUCGCAUCAUUAGCGUUGCUAUCAUGCUGUUGAAGUCAUUCGCGCUCGGAGCGACCGAGAGCGACAUUACGGAAUCCCUGAAGCUCAUGGACCGCACUGUAGAAGCGCUCAGGACAUGCAUCGUAGACGAUGUGCACGUCGCUAGUCGCUUUGCAGAUCUUCUCGAUACGCUUUCCUCGAAUCUGAAGCCGCGUCUUGUCCGAAUCGCAGCUGAUGGCCGCCCAGGACGAAGUCGCCCACAUAGUAAUCACAAUCUUGACCCUGCCAUGGCCAUGUCAGACAACCGGAGCCACAUUCAGCAGUCACCGCAAGCGAUGGCUGGCGCCGUGCAGAAUAACCAACAGUGGAACUACAACAACAAUGUAAUGGCACCUUCAAGCGCCAUGGGCAACAGUCCUCUCUUCGGCAUUUCUGGCAUCUCCAAUGACUACCACGACUUGAUGGGCGGCGACAAUAACUACUCUGUCAUGCCUCCUCCAGGCUUCAGCCAGUCUUCGCCAAAUACAGCAAACGGCGCAGGCGGUAAUUACGAUUCCUACGCUCCAAAUGGACAGUUCGCUGGUGACUGGCUAGCCUUACCAUUAGAUCCUCUCCUCAACAUGUCCGGCGCUGAUGUCGAUCAAACCAUGUAUGGACCACAACUCGGUGGUCACGACAUGCUCGAGUACCUUUUAGCAAAUCCGGAGGGCAGCAACGGCUUUGCAUAGAUUGGCGCUAUUUCCUUGUGUGGCGUUGUCACCCAGCGGGCUUCGAUGAAUGUCACUUUUCCCGGUACGAUCAACGAAUUUUGAUGAUUCAAGACACAGAUGGCUUUACGGCUGCGCUCCCACGAGCAGG